AUUUUCCACUCCCCUUGCUGAUCAAUUUCCGUAGUGGAGCACGUCAUUAGUUUUCUCUCUUCUCUCAUUGUCGGACGGUGGCAAGUCGGUCGUCGCUGUGAGGAGUGCAUAACACUCAGUGCUGGUAUUGCGAUGACCCAUGCGCGUGCUCGUCACGGCCCUAAAAAGCUGACCCUUAGAAUAUGAGAUAGCCAUUCCUCCAAAUAAACGGUGUCAGGUGUCAACCCCAACUCAUACCGCCACCUCGACGCAGGCAGAACUUCUGACAAUUCUAAAAUAUACCCUUUUUGUUGACACCCGAAUAGGCUCCUUACAAGAAACAAGAUUCUGCCAGUGACGCGGGUCACAGACGAGUUUUUUCACCAUGGUGUUCUUCGAUAAGCGUAAAGCGUCCCAACCUCACGACCGGCAGCGCGUCGCGUCGUGGGACCGCUGCAUCGUGAUGGUGCUGCUGCCGCUGAUGGUGCUCUACACCGUGGGCCACUGGAUGGGCCCCGCCUGCAACCCCAACCUCGCCGUCGCGCUCGAGGGCCGCUCGCUCUCGCUUGGCGCCAAGAAGCUCGCGGGCUUCUGGAAGACCACGGACGGCUCGGAUCCGGCGAACGGCGACGAGCGAUCGAAGCUGUUUCUGGGCUCGCCGGACCCGUGGACGUGCGACGGGAACGACGCGCCCAGCGACUGUCCUCUGCGACGAGCGGAUGCGGUCUUCGUGGCUGAGGGCUCCCUGUCCACCCGCGUGCACGCGGUGUGUGCGGCGUACGCAGUGACGGCCCUCACCAACAUGCCCACGCUCUCCCUCUGGCCCGCCGAUCUCCAAAUGCCUGCCACGACCUUCCGCCACCUCUUCCGCCUCGCGCAAGACCCCGCGCCUUCCGGAUCAUCCUCCCGCGCGCGGGACGAGAGCGGGCGCGAGGGGACGGUGUGGGUGCAGGACACGCCCGUGAUGGCGCGGCAUCUGAAACGCGCCCUUAAAGGCCGUCGACGGGUGGCGUUCAAGCCAUGCAAGAGCGCGGACGGCAAGCAGGCGCCGGCCGCUGACGGCCUGCCGUUUAAGAUCUUCCUGUCGCCGGCAGUGCGCGGCAAGACGGACGGCCCCGUGCGCGUGGACGUGUGCGCGUUCGAGCGCGAGGUGGACACGUGUCUGGGCCUGAUUCGCCCGUCGCCCGCCGUGGCGGCGAUGGUGGUGGAGGAGGAUCUGGCGCGCGUCGCCGCGUCGAGCGCCGUGCUGAUCGACCAACUGGGAGAGGAAGGGUGCGAGGGGUGCAGCGACAAGUCGAACCGCUCUGCACCGCACUGCGCCAUGCGGCGAGUGACCAUGGAGUAUCUGUACGACCCGGCCGUCAGCUUCACUGCCGGCGCCAUCAACACCUCAGACAUCACCGUCCACAAUAGCUACUUCAGCGCACUCCGGUUCCCGCACGUGCUCAAGGUCACCAAAUUGCGGAACGCCACGUGUCGGGUGGGGGGGAGGGGAGAGGAGGCGAAGGGUGGGGAGGAGAGGAGACAGCUGUUGGAGGGUGGGGAGGAGGGGCAGGUGAAGGGGAGAGUGAAUGUGAGCUUGGGGGUAGGAAAUGAAGCAGGAGGGGAAGGCGCGGAAGGGCUGGUGCUGCAGCCAGCGACGGAUAGAGCACUUGGGGCGCACGUGACACAGUGCACGCAGCUGCAGGUAGCGGAGCUCUUCGCACUCAGCUUCGCCCGCGGCCUGCUGGCCGUGAACCGAUCCUCCAUAGAAGCCCGGUUCGUUACCGCGCAAGGCACGUCACGCUCGCCAUCGUUUGGGGUGUACCGGUCUGUGUGUGACUCAACAGAGCUGCGGCCAAUCACGAAGCAGAAGUGGGCCAUGUUCACUCAAGUGGAAGAGAAGCUCAAGCUGAUGGUGUGCACCAUGCCGAAGGUCGCCUGCAACUCGUGGCUCAUGUGGCUGCGCGCCAAGCUGGGGCAGCCGCACCCCGAGGACCCCAUCCUGGCGCUGGACCCCCACCGGGCAGGGUGGCACAUGCUCACGCUGCACUUCACGGAGCAGCAGGCUGUGCAGCAGGUCACCCGCCCCGACUACUUCAAGUUCACCUUCGUGCGGAACCCCUUCUCACGGGUGCUCUCCGCGUAUUCAAACAAGCUGGUCAUUACGGAUACGCCGAAUAACAAGACCGGGCCAGGGUCAAGAGAAUACUGGAACGAGGCGUUUUUCAAGUACAUUCGGCCGCAGUGGGAGAAGGUGAAGGACACGAAAGGGCUGGUGACCUUCCCUAACUUCGUGAAGCUGGUGGGCGAGCUCAUGAAGAGGCACCGCUGGAGAAUGGACAGGCACAUAGCGCCGCAGUCGGACAUCUGCUUUAUGGACAAGAUCAAGUACGACUUUGUGGGGCGGUUUGAGAAUCUGGAGGAGGAUGCUAAGUAUGUGGUGAACCGAUUUGGAGGCGACCAUCUCGACAUCUUCAACUUCGGGGUCAAUGCGCACUUCACAAACGCGGACAGCAAGCUCGCCAAGAAAUACGACAAGGAGACGUAUGAGCUGGUGAAGAAGAUCUUCGCACGGGAUCUACACAUCCCCCUUAACAACAUCACGCAAGCAGCUCCAGUGGUGCUAGUCGACAUGUUUGAGAAGAAACAGAAAAGGCUAGCUCAUAGAUCCGUUAACAUAUAAUUAGGGAGUGGCUUAACUAGCUGAUCAUCCCUUCAAAACAGAGAAUGGAUACCGUAGUACACGCUGCAGUGAAUCCCAGCAUCCCUAGAGCGAUGAGAUUUUCAUGCCCUAGAGCGAUGCGAUGGAAAAAAAGAAUACGGGGCGCCAAUUUCACUGGUACAUGUUGCAGUGCCCAAAAACACCUAGGUUUAUUGUAUUGCGCCAUCUUUCUAGUCGAUCCA